AUGGAACGCUUCAACGAGUCGCAAAUGUUGGAGCUCGCUAAGAUAUAUCGGGACUACGAAUGUCUGUGGGAUGUGAACAACGCUGGCUACAAAAAUCGAAGUGUCCGCGAACGGGCGUACGAGGAAAUUGCGCAGAAGUUGAACAUCCCCGGCGUCACGGCCCGCGGUGUACCAAAAAAAAUUAAGAACCUGCGAUCGUCCUACCAUCAAGAAAUAAGGAAGAUCGACAAAAGCCUUCAGUCUGGCGACGAAAAGGGGCGAGUAUACACGCCGAAGGUUUCGUGGUUUGCGAUUGCCGAUGAGGUUUUAAGUGCUGUAGGCAGUAAACAGGAAAGCUUGUCAAACAACGAUGAUAAUUCAAAGAAUUCUGAUAAUGAAUCCGAAAAAAACAUUCCCUUUGAACAUAUUAAAAUGGAGGAAAAUUCAAAUGUAUCAGACGAAGAAAUUGAAGAUUAUAAUAUGACUGAAAUCGAUCAUACUACAGAACACAGGGAAUCAGAAAAAAUAUCAACUGAAACUAGUUCCUCCCGCUUUGCCCCAUACAAGAAACCGUUAAAACAUAAAUAUAAUAUACGUAAAAGGGAUAUUGAUUUAAAUAAAGCUAUUGAUAAAAUCGGUCAAAUUGCUGACCGCAUCAGCGGGGAAUCAAAUUUACCAAGAGAUAAGCGAGAUGAUGAAUUUGAUGUUUUUGGUAAAUACAUAGCACUUGUUCUUCGUUCCUUGCCCGCAGAGCUAGCGGUUCAGGCGAAAUUGAACCUUCAGAAGACCUUAUCCGAUAUACAACUGACCGCGAUGAGACGAGACUCAUAA